AUGCAGUUGACCGUGUUUGCCGUCGGCCGCAUGAAAAGCGGGCCCGAGCGCGAGCUGACCGGCCGCUAUCUCGGCCGGCUGGAGAAGGCUGGACCGGCUGUCGGCCUGACAUUUGCCGGCGUCACGGAGAUCGCCGAAAGCCGCGCCAGUGACACCGACCGACGCAAGGCCGAUGAAGGCGCCCACUGCCUGUCGCUUGCCGAAGACCGGACAACCGCGCUGGUUGCGUUCGACGAAGGCGGCAAGACACUCUCGUCAGACGAAUUUGCCCGCUGGAUCGCACGCCAGCGCGACGAUGGCCGCAAGCGCGCCCUGUUUGCGAUCGGCGGCCCGGACGGCCAUGCGCCAUCCGUUCUUGAAAGGGCCGAUCUGGCGGUUUCGCUCGGCCGGAUGACCUGGCCGCACCAGAUCGCCCGCAUUCUGGUUGCCGAACAGCUCUACCGCGCUGUGUCGAUCCUCGCCGGCCAUCCCUAUCAUCGCCAGUGA